AUGAACGCUCUUCGAGUAGCAUGGCGCAGCAGAGCAUUUAGAGGGGAACUCGGUCCUUCUGGUCUCAGAGUUCCUGCUUCGAAGUUAUUCUCCACAUCACGCAGAGUUGCUUCAGGAUUGAACUCGCUACACACUUUUACUGAAGAGGAAGAAAUGUUACGGGAGUCAGUCCGGCGAUUCGCUCAGGACGUUGUGGGGCCCCGGGUGAGGGAAAUGGACGAAAACGAGAUGAUGGAUCCAACCGUUAUCAAAGGUCUUUUCGAGCAAGGGUUGAUGGGAAUCGAAACCUCUGCUGAUUUAGGUGGUUCGGAAUCAUCUUUCACGUCUGCAAUUAUUGCUAUAGAAGAAUUGGCCAAAGUGGAUCCGUCUGUUUCGGUGCUUUGCGAUGUCCACAAUACUUUGGUCAACACCGUCUUUCGCACGUAUGCUACCCAAGCCCAAAAAGAGAAGUACCUUCCUCUACUUGCGGAGUCGAAGCUCGGCUCUUUCUGUCUCAGCGAACCUGCAUCAGGCUCGGACGCUUUUGCUCUUCAAACCCGUGCAGAACGCAAGGGAGAUCACUUUGUGCUUAAUGGCUCCAAGAUGUGGAUCACAAACUCAGCUGAAGCGGAAGUCUUUCUCGUCUUUGCUACCGUGGAUCCCUCCAAAGGCUAUAAGGGUAUAACAUGCUUCAUUGUCGACAAGGAAAUGGGUAUCGAGAUUGCAAAGAAGGAGCAGAAGCUUGGUAUUCGUGCUUCAAGUACAUGUACACUGAGCUUCGAUGAUGUCAAAGUUCCCUCGGAGAACAUCCUGGGUGGUGAGGAAGCCAUCGGGAAAGGUUACAAGGUUGCUAUCGAGAUUCUUAAUGAGGGGCGCAUCGGGAUAGCAGCUCAGAUGAUUGGUCUGGCUCAAGGCGCUUUCGACAAAGCUGUCCCGUAUACAUACCAACGCAAACAGUUCGGCAAACCCGUCGGCGAGUUUCAAGGGUUAGCGUUCCAGUUUGCCGAAGUUGCAACCGAGAUCGAAGCAGCCAAACUGUUGACAUACAAUGCUGCACGACGGAAGGAGGAAGGGAAGUCGUUCACAAAGGAGGCGGCCAUGGCGAAAUGGUACAGCUCCGUUAUAGCGCAGAAGGCAGCUGGGUCGGCCAUCGAGUGGGCGGGGGGCGUCGGAUUUACACGAGAAACUGGUAUUGAAAAGUUCUGGAGAGAUUCCAAAAUUGGUGCCAUCUACGAGGGAACAUCGAAUAUUCAACUUAAUACGAUCGCCAAGUUCAUUCAAAAACAAUACUCUUAG